UAUCCCUGGCUCAGUUCUUAGCAAACAGCAUGUUGCAACUCAAAUGCUGACCUCAUUGUGUUGCACGCAUGCUCCACCAAAUGUGAUGACUCACUCUUGCAAAUAGGUGCGGUUGCAGUAUAGAGGACCAUGGGACCACAGAAGUCAUACACAACCCAAACACAACAUGGGACUCUCAGACAGCGACAAGGCGGCCAUCACUUCCCUAUGGGACAAGAUCUCUCCAGAGGCCGGUACCUUGGGGGCCGAAUCCAUGAGCAGGCUUUUCCAGAACAAUCCUGACACCAAGUCGUUCUUCGGAAGCUUUGACCCGACUCCUGGUUCUCAGGAUCUUCUGACCCACGGAGCAAAGAUUUUCAAUGCUCUUGGAGAAGCCUCCAAAAAUCUGGACAGUCUGAACAAGUACCAGGACCUGCACAGCAACAAGCUGAAGCUCAACGCGGAUCACAUAAUGCUCCUCAAUGCUUCCAUCCUGGAGGUCCUGGCCGCUCACUAUCCCGGAGACUUCGUCCAAGCCGCCUGGGAAAACUUCCUCAGUGAGGCGUCCAAAAUCCUGACUUCUAGUUAACCCCUGAAGUCCAG